AUGGAGCAAUCUACUGUUCUUUACGUCGACGGCGGUUUUAGUUAUCAUGAAGCUGUGAACACGGAGCAUCCUCUCCUGGUGUACCGUAAGGCACACAAUGCCUUGUGCUGGUUGCAGGCCGGAAAUCGGCUGAGUCCAGGACACGUUGACCAUGGACGUGUUUUAUCCUACAUUCCCCCAGGUCUACAGCAGACGUUCAAGAUCUGGGUUGCGUUUAAAUCCUUCAACGCAGCAAAAGAAUUUUCGUUCGGUUGCGAUGCCAAGGAUUUUGAUCGCAUGCUGGCGCACGAAGAUACUGUCGUGGUAGUGCAGAGACCUGGUGACGUGGUCUACAUUGGUCCUCUCAUUUACCACUCGGUAUUGCUGGGAUAUACGAAAGGAACGUCACCAGAUCAGCGCUGGGGACUUAUUGAUGGCUACGUGUUUAUCUCGUAA